GUGAAUUUUAUAUAUGAAUGAUUUAUCCAUCAAAUAUGAAAUUACAUUAUGAAAGCGCCUCUAUUGGCCAUUCGUAAAAUUAGUUUUGUUUUGAAUUUUAAAAAAUCGAAAUGUCAGCUGAUCAGCGUCAAGAACCUGAAGAAUUAUCUAAGUAUGACGUCGAUUCGGAAGGCCCGUUAUGUUCUGCCGAUCGGAUCAAGAUUCCGCCCGACAUGUCAGAGAUUAUGAAACAGUUCACCAAAGCAGCCAUUCGAACGCAACCUCCCGAUCUUCUUUUUUGGUCUAAAGCAUAUUUUCAGGCUUUAUCAGAGGGUAAUCUGCCGCCAGUCAAAGAAAGAUUUGAAAUUAAAAUUCCUCUUGCUUAUGGUUUGAGUAGAGAGAUAUUACAAACGCUGCAUAAGCAGUUAGGCCAUAAAAAGAAAGUCAAAAUUGAUUCUUUGAAAAAAAAGUGGAUGGAUUUCUGUUUACAGAAAGAACACUUAAUGCUUGUCUUGAAAAAAUCGGGUUACGUGGAUCAACAAGAAGUUAAUUGGUUAGAAUUUUUAGCUGUGGCUUGCAUGUCGAUUAACAAUACCAUGAUCGAUACUAUGAUCAUGAUAUGCGAAAUCCUCACGGAUGAUCCUAGAGGUGGUCCUGCUAGAAUACCUUUCGUUAUAUUCGAACACUUAUACCGUUUUCUAGCCAAUAUUAAUGGAAGAAUUCCUUUAGAACAAGUGGAAAUUGCUAUGAAUUAUCUUGCUAAGGAAUCUAGUAGACAACAAGAACUGAUCAAACCUAGAAACUUUCUGUUUCCGGACUGUCCGCCUAUCAAUGAACUACCCAUUGAUAAAAGUGAAUCUGAAUUGUAUUGGAAAGAAGAAGAAUUAAAAACUUUACAUAAACAAUUAGGGCAUAAAAUAGGGGAGGAAGAAGAAUUAGGGAUCCUCAUGGGAAUGGAGGAAGAAUAUCUUCCGUCAAUGGAAGAAAUCGUGCCUCCUCAAGAUUUUGCAUUACUGUUUAAGAGGAGAUUCCAUAGAUGGAGAAAACUUAACAUUUAUGUUCCAAACACUAAUAACAUAAAAAAUGCUCACACUGAAAAAAUCAACAAAUGCACUCUGCUCACUCAAGAAGUAAAACAGAUGUUGAGGAUGGAUAAGAUGGCUGCUCGUGUUGGUCAAAACAUAUUUUAUUAUAACAAUCAUAAAAUUGUUAUAAUAAUGAGUGAACAAGAGGCUAACAGUUUUAAUGAUAUGUGUUCUUCAGAUGCAAAUUUUCUUUCUGCAUACAUGCAGAAUUGUAUAGAUAAUAAUAAAGAAAAUAAAGAAAUAGGUUCAAAUCAUGAAAAUCUUAGUUCCAACCAACUUUCUGAUAAUAUAGGAUUAAGUGAAAGAAAUGAAAUAAUUCCUAAAGAUGAGGCAAACUCGAAAGAAAAAUUUGUAUGGACACAUGCCUGUAUAUUACUACUAAUUGAAACGUAUAGAGAAAAAAUGUUAGAUUUCCAGAAACCAACCAAAAAAAAAAUAGAAGUUUGGAAAGAUAUAUCUAAUAUUUUUUUAAAAAAAGGUUUAAAUGUGUCAUGGGCAAACAUCCAAAAAAAGUGGAGUAACCUAGGUGUAACCUAUAAAAAAAUUAUGGAUAACAAUAAUUCAACAGGAAGAGGUCGAAUAUCUUGGCCAUACUUUCACCUUUUAAAUGAUAUAUUGGGAAAUACAGGAACAAUAGUACCGGUUUCGGAGCUUGUAAAUUCUUCUGAUAAUAGAAAACAAAACAAUGAAAAUGAAACAGAAGAACAAAACAAGACAAUUUCUGAAAUUAGUUUAUCAAACAAUAAAACAGAAGAAAAAAUAAAGAAAAAAAGAAAGAUACCAGAAUGGGCUCAAGAAAUCUUGAGCAAUCAAAGGAAAAAGGCAAAAGCUGAUGCGGAGCAUCAGGAUCGCAUGGCAAAACUUUUGCAAGAAAAUAUUAACGAAAACAGA